UUGUUAUCUUCCCUCAAAUCCCCAGCAUGCAGCUCUGGACUGCUGCCAAGGGCUGCAGAGAAAACACAUUGCUUUGUCUUCAUGGUUGUUCUAGCAGAAUGUGCACUGUCUGAUGGAAAGUGGAACACGAUCAUGUUGCUUUCCAGUGAAAGCUCACCAGGUGCUGUCCUGAACACCGUCUUCAGGAUUUUGGACCAUGAGACUAUUGUGAUACAAGAUUUCACAUCCUGGAAGCCUUCCAGUCAAAAUUAAUGGGAUUUUACACAGAUGGUAGAUUGAUGUCAGAGUGAUCAGAAUCUUGUGGAAAUAAAUGCUGAAUUGUUCGAUUAUUCUGUGGAAGAACUUAAGAUACAGAUACAGACAAUUCAUCUACUGACUAGAAGGAAGAGAUGGAAAGUGAAGGGAGACUUUCUGAACAUGGCAGAAUUCACCCAUAAGCCAGGAAGGAUUGUCUUGAGAUAAUAACAAAAGGUUAUUUCAGCAGCAACAACAAGCCGUGAGUGUGUUUGUCAGCUGACAGAUCUGUUAUCCAAAUUGGGUUUUCUGUUGCUGUCGCCAUCUUGUGUGCUAUGGGAAGCCCACCAGCCAAGAUUUGGAGUUGGGGAAGCGCAACACUGAGAUUCCAGUUAGACUUCCAACAUGUACAAACCAAUGGUGAUGGGAGGAGUUUCCCAGGUUGUCAAGCUCUGCAGAAACUAUUCUCCUAGAAGAAUAAUUUACUAGUGAAUGAGGCCUUGUUCUGGGAGCAGCAUGGUGGGGCAAUAAGGAGUGAAAUCAAGGAUGUGAGCUGUUGAUGAAGAUUUGUCCCAUCUACAUGCUUUCUGUAAGAAUCAUACAAGCCAGGAACAUCAAGUCAAGAGACCUAUGGACAGUUCCACUUUCCUGCCAAAACCUUGCGGGGCAUUGUUAUUCACUGCUUGAUACCAGUCUGAAGUAUUUAGGCCUCUCGGGCUGCAGUAGACGUCUUCAGUCAAGUCCAGACUCCAGCUCUGAAAGACAUCAACUUGGAGAUUUCUUUUCACACCGCUGUCAAGCUCCACAAAUGACUGCAUCAGACUGCUAUGUGCGCUUGUGGCUGCCAUCUGCUUCAAAUGAAAAGCUUCAGACCAAAACUAUCAAGAAUUCGGACAACCCUGUCUGGAAUGAGACUUUCUACUUUAGGAUCCAGAGAGAAGUUGAGAACAUUUUAGAAUUGGCGGUGUGUGACGAAGAUCCACUCACCAAAGAUGACAUGCAGUUCACAGUUCUUUUUAAUAUUGCUAGAGUCAGACCUGGAGAAAGAGUCCGUGAGAAGUUUGCUUUGAAAUCAGAGAAAGAGAGGUGCAUUAAGAAAUGGGAAAGUUUGGAAGUGGAAUUCUGGAUGGAAAAAAUUCCUGGCCCUCCAGAGUAUGUCAUUACCAACGAUGUCCUAGUGUCCCGUGAAGUUUGGUGUUUGGAAGUACAAGUGGACCAUAGUGAAAGCAGGAAAUAUUUGCGAGAGGGUAAGAAUCUUGUGCUUACGGUGCCUGCAUCUCAUGAAGGAACACAGAAAGCUACAGAAGACACAAAUACCUUCUACUUCCAUUGUGUGAAGGCUUGGGAGCCAGUUCUAAAAGCCAGGCUACAGAAAAUGUCUGAUAAGGAAGAUGACACAAACAAUUUAAGUGACACCUUAACAGUACCACUGAAAUUUCUCCCUGUUGGGCAUAAAGUGAAAGUAACCCUCCCUGUAAGACAUAAUGUGCCACUGCAGUUGUACCUCCAAUUGAAUGACUGCACAGAAAAACUUGAUGUGCGCUUAGGAUACGAUCUGUGCCAAGAAGAGCAGGAAUUCUUGCAAAAAAGGAAGAGAGUGGUUGCCAGUGCCCUGAAAAGGGUUUUUCAUCUGGAAAGAGAUCUACAUGAACAUGAGGUCCCAGUAAUAGCUGUUAUGGCAACAGGAGGAGGCCUCAGAGCAAUGUCAGCUAUGUUUGGCCAUCUCUUAGCUCUUCAGAAGCUAAAUCUGUUGGACUGUGUUACCUAUCUCACUGGGGCUUCUGGCUCAACAUGGACCCUAGCAGACCUGUAUGAACACGCAGAUUGGUCACAAAAGAGUCUGGAGGGGCCACUCAGAGCAGUAAAAGCACAGGUGACAAAAUGCAAGCUAAACCUUAUGUCUAUGGAGCAUCUGAAGUAUUAUCACAAGGAACUUGCUGAAAGGGCAAAAGCAGGACACGUCUCAUCUUUUACAACGCUGUGGUCACUUGUUCAGGAAAUGUUCUUACAUGGACGGCCAAGGAAGUACAAACUCACAGACCAGCGCAGGGCAUUGGAGUAUGGGCAAAACCCAUUGCCCUUCUACGCAGUCCUCAAUGUCAAAGAGGAAAAGUUCAGUACUUUCAAAUUUAGAGAGUGGGCUGAGUUUUCUCCCUAUGAAGUGGCCAUACCAAAGUACGGAGCCUCCAUUCGUUCAGAAUAUUUUGACAGUGAGUUCUUCAUGGGAAGGCGAGUGAAAAAGCUGCCAGAAUCUCGGAUCUGCUAUCUAGAAGGUCUUUGGACAAACAUCUUUACCAGGAAUUUGCUGGAUGGCUUGUACUGGUCCUCAAAUUCAAAUGAAUUCUGGGAGCGAUGGGCCAAAGAUAUGGUAGAUAUAGAGAAACAUUCUCCUGAGGAGGAUACCACUAUCAUUGAGCCUCCAUCUUGUUUGUCGGGGAAGUUGUAUGAAAUGUUUCAGGACAUUAUAACGAAGCGGCCACUACUGGGAAAGUCUCAUAACUUCCUGAGAGGCUUAGAAUUUCAUAAGGAUUAUGUCCACCAGCGAAAGUUUAUUGAAUGGAAAGACACCGUGCUGGACUCGUUCCCUAACAGUCUGACGCCACUGCAGAAAUAUCUUUGCCUGAUAGAUGUUGGCUAUUUCAUUAACACCAGUGGUGCAGCACUUUUCAAGCCAGAGAGGAACGUAGAUGUCAUUAUCUCACUUGAUUAUGGUUUGGGAAAUGCGUUCAAGCAAUUAGAGAUGACAUACAAAUAUUGCAAGAUACAAAAAAUCCCAUUCCCCAAAGUGGAGAUAAGUGAAGAAGAAGCAAAGAACCCAAAGGAAUGUUACGUGUUUGAAGAUGCAGAGGACCCGAAAGCACCCAUAGUAAUUCAUUUCCCUCUUGUGAAUGACACAUUUAAGGAAUUCAAGGCACCUGGGGAAAAGCGCAGUCUCUCAGAGAUGGAAGAAGGCAAAGUAAAUCUGGAAAACAACUGUUCACCCUAUUACCUCAUUAGGCUAAUCUACUCUCCUGAAAAUUUUGACAAACUUGUGAACCUGAGCAAGUACAACAUCCUCAACAACAGAGACCUGCUCUUUCAGGCACUUCAGAAUGCUGUAGAACGGAAAAUAAGUUGCACGACUUGGAAUCUCCCCAGCCACUCUGGAGCUGGAUAUGCCUAGGCUGGGUUUUCAUUCUUUUCCUCACUGAAGGCUACAACAGUCACAUUACAAUGAACUCAUAACAAUCACAGUCACAUUACAAUGCAUCACAGUGUUCAUGAUUUGCAGGAGACUGAGGAAACCUGUACAUUUCUCAUCUUGCCUUGUUCAAGUUCCUGGUUUUCAAAAGAAUUUAUGCAAUCUUUCUCACCCAAGUUUUCAGACCACAAGAGCCUCACAGUGUAGUUUUACUUGACAAGAAAUGAGAGUCCUGGUUAGCAGAGACCUUUCAAGAAUUUCCCAAUGCUGUAAAAAAUGGUGGUGGUUAUAGCAAUAGUUCUUUACAUGUGCCUGUUCCCUCAAUCCUGAGCCCAUUAUCAGUGCUUUUGAAUGAUACAAUUAUUUACAAACCAAGUCCUGGCCAUUUGCAUUCAGUAAUGUCCAGAUUUUCAGCUAGGCUGAGCAGCAAGAAUUUGCACUGAAUUGGUGGGCUCAGCUCUGAAGUCAGGCCAAAGAGUCAUACAUACCUGUUAACAGCAGCCAAUCUGCAGUGUGGACUGUUACAUUUUGUUUGGCUAAUUCCCCUUGCUGAUGUAGAAAUUAUUCCUUUAUUCCAUUCCCCUGCAAAUGUUUGGCACAGAAAUGCUGCUCCAGACUGCCACGAAGGGGGCAGUUACAUUUCAAGAAGAGAAGACAUGAGACUAUGGUUCUUGCUUUCAAGUUUUGGCUAGAGGAAAAAUUCCACUUAAGGCAUGAGUGAUUAUUUUCGUUUAUAUGGGCAGUGCCUGUAUGAAUUAAAAUGUCAAGAGCUUUUGAAAUAAAAAACUCAGGGUGAAUAGUUACCAUAGACACAAGUAACUGCAUUUAAUUCAAGAACGAUGACCAAAACCUAAGCUAAUGCUUCUUAUGGAUGCAAGCUGAAUGCAGGAUAAAAUAAGUAAUGUAACAGAGUGCAUAGUUACUGCAUUUUCACAACUAGAUUUUUUUCCUCUUUACAGUCUUUAUCCCUAACAUCACAGGCAAGGUAUUUUUAAUAGGUGCUACACUAAAAUGGAACAGAAAUAAAAAAAAGGAAAUUCUUUUUCACACCUCUUUGCUGGAGGAAAAUACUCAGAAAAGAACACUGCCUGGUUUUCAUUUGCUUGGGAUUAUGGUGAGAAAUACUGCCUUGAUCUAAGAGCCUGGAAUAUUGUUAUGGCUCUUCGCAGCAUUAAAAAGAUGGUAGAGAAGGAUACGGAGUGCACGAAACAUAAAUCAGAGAAGUUUCUAGGUUUCAUAGCACUGAAGGAGUUGGGCCUGCUUUUGGCAUAUUUAAUCCAAACAUAGGACGUUCACAGAGGCCCAGGAAACUCUUGCACAUUUCUUCUGUGUUGAUAUCUAGAAUGAGUUGUACUUAAAAUUAAAGAAAGAGAAACAGAUCUGCCUAUUUGGUGUAUGCAGGCAGUAUCUGAGCUCAGAGGAGAACACCCACAAAAAGUUUCAUUGCCUGAGCCCUGCUCCUACAAAAUGCUGUCUUCUGUUGCAAGUAAAGGCAGUAAAUAAGCCUCCGCAGUACUCGUGUAUGGGGCUUACUUGUUGAGUUGAGGAGCACUAUGAGAAGAGAGAAUUAAUCACAUAUGGCUGCAAGAAAGACAGAAGGAGCUGUUUCGAGUUGAUUUGAAAACUAAGAGGGGUAUCUCAGAAAACAAAGUCUUACCAGCAGGAUCUGUGACCUUCAUGUAGGAGAAUAUGUCCUGGUGCAGUAUGCCAUAAGUGCAGGCAAAUGCACACAGGAGCAGAGGCGGCUGUAUGCUGUUUUACCUCAUCUACCUAAUUUUUACCUGCUGCUAAAAAAACCCAUUUUGUUUAUGGGUACAAUGAGUGACCCCUAACACCAGGAGAUCUUGACAGCAUGUAGCCAGCAGUGACACACCUUGAAUGCACUGAGAAAACGGGCUCUGUGUGCUUCACCUACCUGUAACUGGGGCAUGGUUUGUGCCUGCACAGUGCUGCUAAUGCACACAGAGAUGCCUGCUAAAAUGUGAAAGAAAUUGGAAAGAAACCACAAACCCAGAGUGCCCAGAUAACCCAUGGGAGUCAGUGGGGAGCGGGUUCUCUGAGGGACUGUUAAACCCUGUGGUAGGAUGAAGGAGGUCAAAGAGGGGUGGGGGGUGUGAAGAUGUGUUGCUGAUCCCUUUGCCAUGGAACUGUCACCCAUGAUCCUGCACUGCGCACUGGGCCAGGGCUGCUGGUUACUCUCACAGCCAAACACUGUGCUAUGUGCCCCAGAGCCUCCUUGGGGUCCCGUGUGGUAGCCCUGUAGCAUUAGAAGACAAUACCUAAGUUUUAAAUGCUUUCUGUUGCAUUUCAAAGCCUGUAAUUAUGUGAGGUCUGCACCACUGCCUAUAAGAAGGUGGCGUUAGUUUCUUUUUUGUUGUUGCGUGAAGCCGAGGGAGCUUGUUGUUGGUCUGACAGUGUGGCAGAAAGCCUUGGAGGGUGUUUGAGGGGGGUGAAGUGUGGCGGGACUGGGACGUGUGGGCUCACCCACAGCUUGCUGGGGGAAUGGUGGCUGGCACAUGCUGUCCCCUCACUACAGCUGGGUUGUGUUUUAAGACAUGCUCAGUCAAACAGCCUGAACCCACAGAACCAGAAAGUGUACUUACAGUGCGUGAUGUGCAGCUGGUUAGUGUGUCCUGUGCUCAGGUCUGCUCCUCGAUCCUGCUCUUCUUUCUAGUGGACACAAGUCUAAAGGAAAGGACCACUGAAAUGUUGUGUGCUUGUUCCUCAUCCCCGUGUCUUGCUUAUGGACAGGUCCAUGCCUGCCAUUGUGGAGUUAUGUUUGUUUAACUGUUGAAAAUGAAUUCACGCCUGCAACGUGCCCGUCCAAAAUGCAACCCAGGUCACAGCUCUCAGAUGAACAUUCAGCUGGAAAGCCCCCAGAAACACAGAGCUUGCUAUCUGCUGCUGAACACAGAGGAAAAAAUGUUUGUUCUUACAACUCUUAGCUAUAGCUGUAUAGAAAUUGCUUAUAUCUAUUAACUGCUUAAUAAUACAACCAUUAAAACAUAAUGUUGCAAAA